GCUGAAAACAUAUUUGUUUAGUCAAGACUUUAGUGAAUAGUUUUUCUUAGGUACAGGGGCAGGUCUGGAGGGUUUCACAGGCAUAGAGUGUUGUGGUGAAAUGGGAUGUUUGGAUGCUGUUGCCCCCCCACUCUCACACGUUCACUCAGGUUUGUCGAUGGUGGAGUGGCUGGAACUUUAUGUCCCAGGGUGCCUUCAUGUCUGUGUUAGCUUCUGGCUCUCCCUUUUAGUUAUGCUGUCAUAGCUAGUCUUGCCGGAGUCCCUGCUUGCACUCUGCACGCAAAGUACAUCGUGCUUAACCAUUAGAGGACAAAAGCUCACCUAACAAUCUUUUCCUUUCUCUCCAUCUCUCUCUCUCUCCCUCACUCUCUGUCGAGCUACACACGCUACUUCUGAGAUGCCAGUGAUGCCAGUGAUCCUGACCCCUUCUGCUCCUCCUCGCUGCCUGACCCAUCCUGAUGCCCUACUUCUGGUUGGAGUUCUCAUCGGUUGAGUUCGCUCGCUGCUGCUGGGGGUGGCCCCAUAUGGACUGCCUGAAGAACUGUUUGGAUUGCUGGGGAUGGCGCCACCUGGGGGCUGUGGAGAUGGCUUGGGGAUCACAUAUGGGGAGCUGUACUGUAAUGGCUUGGGACUGCGAUUGCUGUAGGGGCUUUGGGGCUGCAGUUGCCACGAGCAGCUUCGUACUCAGGACUCCAUCAGUGGACAGUGGAUAGAUUUUAACCAGCCGGACUUCUUGCAAAAACUGUGAUGAAUUUAUUGGUUGCACAAUUGCACUAUUUGUCCAUAUAGUACACAAUAAUAGAAGGGAUUUAUUUAUAAUGGCACUAUCCGUUGCACCCAGAUGAGGAUGGGUUCCCUUUUGAGCCUGGUUCCUCUCAAGGUUUCUUCCUCAUAUCAUCUCGGGGAGUUUUUCCUUGCCACCGUCGCCACUGGCCCGCUCAUUAGGGAUAAAUUCACAGUGAUAAAUUCAAAUAUUUACAAUAUAUUUUUGUAAAUCCAUUUAUUUCUGUAAAGCUGCUUUGUGACAAGGUCCAUUGUUAAAAGCGCUAUACAAAUAAAAUUGAAUUGAAUUGAAUUACAAGUUAGUGAGAGUAAAGAAGGUUCAAAUCCCCAGGUCGCUCUGCGACCCUUCUAUGUUACAGCACCAAAGAUAUCUGAUAGGAAGACGUGUCUGUGUCACUAUCCUGAACAUGCAUGCUUAAUGCUUCAGGUUCUUAGACCAUCGGGUGUUGUGAUCUUCACUAAACCAAAGUACAGCUUUCAAUUCAUUUGUUGCUCUCCAGCAAGUGCAGCCUGCCUUCUUCACACAUGUUUACGGCGCUUAAACAAACACUCGGCUCUGACCCCAGAACAAGGUGGAGUCCGUGCUGAAUGGAGGCAGUGGGAGAGAGUACAAGAAGAAACAGCUAAUGGGAUCAACUUCAACAUGAAACUUGAUUUGCACAGCGGGAGUCUUUCAGAGCUGCUCUAUCUAUAUGAGGAGAAACUGAGAAGUGAGACCACAGCACGUGUGCUUGGUUCACAAUCCAUCAAAAGCACACAGGAAGUUGAUUGAGACUUGCAGUGAGAACACAGUCAUCAUACACGUUGACUUUUCAGAAUCCUGGAAGUGUAGGUGCGCCUCUGAAAUUCCAGCUUGCCAUUUCGCUCAAAAUUUGCCGCAGUUGAAUCUUCAUACCGGAGUGUGUUCCACUGAGAUUUUUGCACAGAGUCAAAGAGACAAGAUGCUGCAGCAAUUUGGACACACAUGGACCCGGUCCUAAAAGAUGUUCGGGCAAAAUUUCCAUUGCUUACCACUGUGCACUUGAGAAUGAGAAGAAUGUCUUUCUCCUUUCUGAUGUACCACCAAAAAUAGGCUUCAACAGAGCAACAUGGAACUAUUUCCCAGCAUCCCACAGCAAGGGUGCUCCAGAUGGCAUUGGGGGAACGGUGAAACCAACAGCGGAACGAUUGGUUCUGCCAGGGAAUGAGGUAACAGAUGGAAAACAGUUUUAUGAGAAGAUCUCAAAAAGUCUGAAAGGUGUUCAGCUGUAUUCCAUGCACUUCUCACACAACCACUCAAACAUCAACGAGAAAAAUACACCAGGUGCCCGUUUCAGAAAGGAGGUUAAGUGAAAACUCUGAGUAUGUUAACCCUGAAAUGUGGGAAACUCUGGGUUUUCCGUUUCAGAAACGGAGGUAUCUCAAACCUGAGAAAACAGGGUAAGUCAAGCCAGUUUCUGAAAGAGAGGUAUCCUAUACUCUGAGUCAGUUACCAUGGUAACUUACUCUGUGAACCUAACCUGGUCAGGAGCAGCUUUUCUUUUGGUCUCCUCCCCCUUUUUAAAGUGGAAGCGGUGUUUAAAUACCUCAUUCAUUCUUUCGGUACAUUCAUUCAUUGCACAUAUUUCUGUCUUGCAGACUGUCUAAAAAGUGAGAAUGGCAUGUCCUUUUGUAGAUGCUCCUGUAGAUGAGGAGGCUGCAUUAAUUCGCAGGGAGUUACAUUUACGUCGGGAGGAUUUUCAGGCCCCGAGUGGAUUUUUUGUCAGAUCCUCAUGCAUUUUUAUUUGAGCGGUACCGUUUUUCUAGACAGUCAAUUGAAUAUAUCCAUAAUCUCACCCAUCCUUACAUCAGAAACAUCAGCCAUCGUGGCCGUGCUCUUACAUCCGAGCAGAUGCUUUGUGUUGCUUUACGUUUCUUUGCAAAUGGUAGUUUUCUGUAUAAUGUGGGGGAUGCAGAGCACAUUAGUAAGGCCACUGUAUGCAGAACAGUAAGGAAAGUGUGCCUCGCUCUCAAACGCUUUCUGCGGAUUUCUGUGGUGUUUCCUGGGCACAAACCCCUGAGAGUCAUCAAAGAGGAGUUUCACAGGAUUGCAGGAUUUCCAAAUGUGGUCGGAUGCAUUGAUGGCACACACAUUCCCAUCACUGCACCCUCCGAACAUGAAGCUGACUCUGUCAACAGGAGGACUAUCCACAGUAUUAAUGUGCAGAUCAUAUGUGAUGCUGCACAUAUCACAAAUGUGGAGGCCAAGUGGCCCGGCUCUGUUCAUGACUCACGAAUGUAUCGUGAGUCGACCCUGAGCAACAGGCUGGAAUGUGGAGAGAUUGAUGGCUUUCUGCCGGGAGAUAGGGGUUACCCAUGCUAACCAGCACUAAUAACCCCUUACCCAGAACCUGAACCAGGCCCCCAGCAGCACUUCAAUGUGGCACACUGCAGGACGAGAGCCGGGUGGAGAUGACCAUAGGCCUGUUGAAAGCACGUUUUCAGUGCCUAUGUCACCUCAGGGUAACCCCUGAGAGGGCCUGCGACAUUAUUGCGGCAUGUGUUGUUCUCCAUAAUAUUGCCAUAAUUAGAGGGGAGUGUAGCAGGGUUAUGUUGUUACACCAGAUUAUAAGUUUUAGUUAUUUAUUUUAUUUUAUUUUAUUUUUAAUAAUUAUUUGUUAGGGGGUAUUUUAUUUUGAAAGAAGGGUGUGCACUCUUAUUAAAGGGAAUAGUCACAGUAUGCACGUCGGCUGACGUCAUACGCAGG